GUUUCAUGCUCCAAUGGAAGGACACAGCAGCGAUUUCGAAGAAGACGAAGGGCUUUCAGUUCUCAGAGACGAUGGAAAGACUGAACUGCUUAAGAAUAGGGUUCGCCUCUCUGUGAUCUCCAUUGCUGAAACUGAAGCUAAAAAAUAUGGUAUGGAGGUUUCUCAGCCAGUUAUGGUGUGCCUUGCUCAAUUGACUUUCAAAUUUAUAGAGCAGUUGGCAAAGGACAUGGAACUAUUUGCCCAUCAUCGUGGUCGAAAGUUAGUGGACGUGGCUGAUGUCAUAAUUUGCGCACAUAGAAAUGAAGAUUUGGCUGCCACAUUGCAUUCCUUUUCUCUGGAGCUGAAGGGAAAGGAGGUGCAAACUGAAAUGAAGCGGAAAAAAGCAGCUAGAAAGGAAGAUAAAAUUAUUCUUGACUGAUCUAACUGCUUCUGAUUAGCUUUUUGUGGAAGACUCAGCCAAGUCUCGAUCCAUCUCAGGUGAGUCGAACGGGUGAUUUUGGAUUGGGACCCCGGUGAGUCCAAGCCUGACUUCUUUUGGAGCACUGGUUUGAACUAUUCUUUUGAGCAGUCAAUCCUCUCAGUGAUAGUUAUGAGCAUGUGAAGUGUUUUUUGUUGCUAGUCAUAUCUACAAACUUUUUAAUUGGUCAUGGUGUGUGGAUUACUUUAUCAAGUAUCUAAUAGUAGUCACAAUUAUUAUCUCCAUUUAUUUUGAUGAGAAACUGUUUCCAUAGUUUUAGUAAUGCGAAAUAUACUGCAGCAUCCGUGAUUUUGGCCAUCUACACCAUAUUAAGAUCAUUUUAGCAGCCCGUCUUUUGUCCAUUCAAUUAUCUUGGGGGUCUUUUUUUUUUCUUUUAAAUAUGAUAUGUGUGGCUCCCUUACUAUCGCUAGAGUGACAGUAUGCAGUCGUGUGAGCCACUAAGAGUCCAUUCAAUUAGGAUGCCCUCAUUACCAAUGUCUCAUGUAAUGAAUAAUCAAGGACCUUCACAAUAUUAAGAUGGCAAACUUAGCUUGUGUGUGGAAGAGAAUACCGAUUGCUGUGGUCAUGAGCUCCCAAACUAUGGUAUGGUGGAGUAAUGGACCAAUAAGAUGUUGAUGCUAAACUCUAAUGACAUCUCUGUGUGAAUGUCGCCCCUUUUAGAGUGGAAGACUUUCUUUAAGAACAGAGCAAGCUCAUUCUUGAAUGCUUCAUAAGAUCAAAUAGGAUUUUUUCAUCCUGUUGUUGAUGAAAUUUAGCCCUUGUAAUGGGGCUGUCUGGGUGCUCCUCUAAUCUAAAGAAUGCUGCAUUGUUCCUAUGAUGGGUUGUACAUUAUGUACAAUAGUGCUAUUUUCUUUAUCACUUGGGCUUGGAAGGUUCUAGAGAACUCUAGAGGUUCAUAGAAAGUCUAGAGGAUGUCUAGAUCAAUCCUAAGGGAAGGUUGUACCGAACACUCUAAAAUGGUGUAUGGGCUAGAAGGUUCUUAACCGUUAGAUGGUUGGCAAUUGUACAAAUUUGGACCAUUCGUUGUCAGUCCAAGUGCCUAUAUAAGGAGGAGGGCUCCUCAUUUGGGAGGCACCUCAGAAAAUUGUUUAGCAUUUAAGGGUUAUAGUGAAUACAAAGUUUUUCCUAUUCAAUCUUGUAUCCCUCUCUCUUGAGUGUGUGUUGGUUCCUAUUGUGUGGUGCACACCUAUCGUGCUCGGUUGGUGGUGCUUAUGUGUGGGUGGUGCGUACUAGUGUGGGAAGCUUGACUUGUCCUCAAGAAGGUUGAGUGCACGAGUGUCGCAUGGUCAAGGUGCGAGGCUUCACUAAGGCCAUGACAAGUGGUAUCGAAGCUAGGAUUGUGGGAGCUUACUCUACUUGUGGUUCAAAGGGAUGACACUGUGGCUUUUGGGGUGACCGAUAGUGACCAAGCUCAUGGGAACAAGAAAGAGGGAAAAAGGGACAAGUCCCAAGACCCUUUGCUUGCUACGGAUAAACGGCUAGCAUGGUUGGAGCUUGCCUUGGCUGAUGGGCAAGACCAUAACAACAAAAUAGAGGGGCCUUGAAGCGAGGCUCGAGGAACUCAAGAGUGAGACGUUGGGUGCCCUAAAUGAGGUGACAGAUACACAACAAAAAGAGGGGGAAUCCUUUGAGGGCAAGAUGAUGGCGAUCCUGGUGAAGCAACAUGAUCAAGUUGAUGAACUUAGGAGUGACCUCACCCCUAUGAAGUGAGCAGUGAGCAAUGGAAGCAUUGUGGCCCAAGAGACCUCUAAGGUAUGCUCAACUAAAGCCUUUAGUGGGUCUAUGGGACACCCGAGAGUUAGACAACUUCCUGUGGCAAAUAGAGAAAAGGCCAAAGUACAUGCUGCGUGCCUCACCGAUACCUCCACACUCUGGUGGCAUAAAAGGCAUGCUGAUAUCGAAUGGGGUAGUUGUGUAAUUGACACUUGGGAGGAUUUAAAGAAAGAAAUUAAGAUGCAAUUCUAUUGUGAGAAUGUGGAGUACUUGGCCCAUAGAGCCUAAAACGAUUGAGGCAUAUUGGAUUAAUUGGAGACUAUGUCAAGGAAUUUCUUGACCCUUAUGUUGGAGAUCCCUGACAUGGCCGAGAAAGAAUUGUUCUUUAACUUCAUGGAAGGCCUGCAACCAUGGGCCGAGCAAGAGUUGCAAUGAUGUGGGGUGUAAGACCUGCAUCAGCUAUUGCGUGGUAGAACAAUUGGUCAAGUUCACAAAAAGCAGUCCUUCUACGUAACAACCUUCUAAGGAUGGGAGAGUUUCCAACCGUAAAGGACGACCUAACAAGCCCUCAAGUGGGAAAGUUAGCAAGGAUGCAAGAGUAACAAGGACCAAAGGGAUGUGUCCAAGCCAUGAAGUGUGGAGUGCUUCAGAUGUGAUGGACCACACCGGGCCCGGGGUUGCCCUAAGAAGGAUGCCCUCAAAAAUCUCUCUUGGCAAGGUUAGAUUACCCCGAUGAUGGAGGCAUAAGGAGUCUCAAAUGGAGUCACUGCAGUUCUUUAUUGGGAUGAAGGCUGAGAUGGCGAGAUUCAAGGCCCAAAGUAAGGGAUUCAUGUACGUGAAGGCGCAAAUCUAUGGGAAGGCCACAGCCACGAAGGCAAUGAUUGACACUCGUGCAAUGCACAACAUUAUCUCUAAGAAAGAAGCUAACCAGUUAGGUUUACAGUUUGCUAAGAAAACAGAUUGGGUUAAUGCUGUCAACUUAGAUGCCAAACCUAUCAAUGGUGCAGCUUGUGGGGUGGAUAUCUACGUUGGCAAUGGCAUGGCAAGAUAGACCUAUCCUUGGUGCCUAUGGAUGAUUACUAGGUUGUCCUAGGGAUGGACUUCCUAAUGGGGUAAAAACUAGUGCCCAUUCCUUUUGCAAACUCAAUAUGUAUCUUGUAAAACAAGCUUCGUGUGUGGUGGCUGUGGUGCAAGGCACCAAAACCAUCAAGACGCUGUCAGCCAUGCAGCUCACCAAGGAGGGGGAAUUGACUCGUCUGGCUACACUAGUGGGAGCACCCAAAGAAGGGGACCCCCUAGGAAUAAUGGCUAAUGAAGUUGAAUGUGCCUUGGAGGGAUCCAAGGACAGGAUGUCACCAAAGCUACCUAAAAGGCUAGGAGGAGGUAGGUCAUAAAAUAGAAAGGAAGCCAGGAGCAAAACCAUCAGCUAUUGUUUGUGACAAGAAGGUUCCUAGGUCAUAAGAUAGAAAGGAACCAGGAGCAAAACCAUCGGCUAUAAUAUGUGACAAGAAGGCUCCUAGGCCAUAAGAUAGAAAGGAAGCCAGGAGCAAAACCAUCGGCUAUAGUCCUUGACAAGAAGGUUCCUCUAGAAUUGGAGGAACCAAGGAAGGCAACGUUGACAACACCCAAGCAAGAGUACCUGGUGGUGGCUUGCCGAUCCCAAGGGGUGGUAUGUGACAAGUGGUAAAGAAGGGAAAUACUAGGUGCUUUUGGAUGCAGGAUGGGUGGCUUCAUAAGGAAAGGCAGUCUAAAUGAUUGCUAUGGUGCACUGCCUGAGGGCAAGGAGGCCAAGAAUGUCCUUAUAAGUCGAACGAUACAUCGAUGAGGAGAAUCACUGUGGAGGAAGUACUUGGCUAAGUGGAGAAAAUAGUCGAACAACAAGCAAGCUGGGAAUACGUAGAGACGCUACGGCUCGUUUCAUGGAGGAAGCGCAACGAGGACUUCGCCAUAUUAGGUGGGGAAGCAUGUCAGGGCCCUAAAGAAUGCUGCAUUGUCCCUAUGUUGGGUUGUACAUCAUGUACAAUAGUGUUUAUAUAUUUUUUAUCACUUGUGCCAGGAAGGUUCUAGAGAACUCUAGUUAGUGCAUGGAGAGUCUAGAGGGUUUCUCAAUCUAUCCUAAGAAAGGGCUGUAAAGAGUACUCUAUAGAAUGUUGUAUGGGCUAGAAUGUUCGUAAUUGUUGGAUGGUUUACACUUGUAUAGAUCUUGACCAUUCGUUUUAAGGCCAAGUGCCUAUAUAAGGAGGACUCCUCAUUUGGGAGGCACCUCAUAAAGUUGUAAGCAUUUGAGUGUUCUAGUGAAUACAAAGCUCUCCGUAUUCAAUCUUUUGUCCUCUCUUGAGUGUAUGUUGGUUCCUCUUGUGCGGUGCACACUUGGUUAAUUUCUAUUGUGCUCAAUUGGUGGUGCUUGUGCGUGGGUGGUGCGUAGUAGUGUGGGAAGGUUGACUCAUACUCAAAAGGGUUGAGUGCACUAGUGCCGCACAGUCGAAGCGCGAGACUUCACUAAAGACGUGACAACAUUGCUCAGAUGGACUUCGAGAAUUUAUUGGAAGAGCAUUUCUAGACCAAUUUCUUACAAGUACUAUUCAUGAAAAAACAUCGUAUUAGAAAGGUGGCAGACUGGAAACCACCACCUGCACAAUGGGUGGUGAUGAAUUUUGACAGGCGCAUGAGAAACAAUGGGGCAGUUGCUGAUAAAGGACUCUUGAGAGACCAUAGGGGCCACAUAAUAUGGACGACGCAUGAUAUAUUGCCUUACUGUUUGGCUAAUGAAAGUUGAAUUGGUAAGUCUUACUGUGUGUGUUGAAUCUAAUCUUGAUCAAUAGUUUCAGCAUUUUAUUAUUGGAUUUUCGGGGUUUCUCUAAUGUGAUUAACUGCUGCACAAAUCCCCUUUCUGUACCAUGGAGGAACGAUGUGAUGGCAGAAAUACAUUUUCAUCUACAAGGGAGGCAGGUCCUUUUUUUUCACAUGUUAAUAGAGAGAGGAACUUACUCGAUGCACUUGCUAAGGGUGUAACAUCUUUGUAAUUGUCUUUGUUUUUUUCUUUUAUUUACUUUUUCUUGGGGCCUCUUGGCCCUUGCUUUGUACCUCCUUUAUACUCUCAAUAAAAUUUCGCUCACCGCUAAAAAAAGAAAAAAAAUCCAUUCCUUUUAAUGUUGUUAC